AUGUAUGAUACUAGAAUUUGCUCUCGCUUCGCUUGGAUGCGUUCCGCAUGCGGAGGGCAGUGCUGCGGACGGGGCAGAGAGAUACAUUUACGUAAUAUCAUCCGAAGUACGGCAGCGGAACGCGUGGCGACUGUGACGCGGCCUAUAACAGAACUACUGUUGGCCACCAAGAGGAUACUUCAAGAGCACUUGACGGGUCUGUCUUAUCAGUCACAGAACAAGACAUCGGUUCUAUUCUCACAAUUAUAUAAAAGCCACGCAACGCGAACACACGUUCCACUUAGCGUCCUUUAUGAUGACAUUAGAAAUAUCCUGAAACCCAAUACAGAAGCAGAUGAUAUAAAUAGCGAGUACUUAGGGCCUGCUCCAAAAGAUAUGACUUUAAGUGCAAAAAAAUUCUUUCGGGAGGUAUUCCCUGUUGCUUACCAAAAUGUACUUAAGCUAGAGAAGAAACAGUUCCUUCCAGAGUACGAAGCUUGUUUAAAGGAUGCAUAUGAUGCCGUCCAGCCAUUUGGAGAUGUUCCACAACAGCUAGGGGCUUCAUUGUCACGGUCGCUGGAAGCGGCCCGAGCGUUACUCCAAGUACUAGUAGUGGGCGCGAGCGCACUCGCAGCGAGUGAGAAAGUGCUCUCGAGUGUGAACGAAGAGUGCUCUACCAAAUUGCUCCAUAUGGGAGGCUGUUCCCGAUGCAAAGGACACGAUGUCAGUCCCUGUCGGAAUUACUGCUUGAACGUCGCAAGAGGGUGCAUAGGUUCCUUAGUAGUGGAACUAGACGCGCCUUGGACGGGAUAUGUGGAAGGCGUUGAACGUCUUGCGAGGGCGGAUGCGGAUGCAGCCUUACGAGCGUUAGAUGUAAGAGUAUCUGAGGCGAUUAUGCACGCUCUUGAAAACCAUGUGAUUUUGGAAAAGAAGGUACGACAAGAAUGCGGGCCGCCUUCAACAGUGGAUGUUCCCAGUCUCACUUCCCCCCGUCCUACUCCUGGAGCAUCAAGACGCGAUGCUCUUCGAGCGCCUCCUCCCGAUACAGAAUUAUUGCAAUUUGCUGCUACUCUAGCGUCCAGUAAGAAGCUCUUCGCUGGACUGUCGGACAGACUGUGUGACGAUCCUGACUUCGCGAACGAUGGCAAUGAGAAGUGUUGGAAUGGAGAGACUAUUGGAGAAUAUACGAAAGCGCUAGUCGCGUCGGCAUCGAUAAGUGAUCAAAAAUACAACCCCGAGGUAACUUCAAGCUCGAGCCAAGACUCGCAAGUGGCGGCCUUAGGCGACCGGCUGCGGCAAGCCAGGCAGUUGUUAGUAUCCCACUCCUGGGCAUCGACACCGACAGCGGAGGCCUUCAUGCAAGGCGACGAAGCAGGCGACGAGGGUUCAGGGUCUGGUCGAAGCUACACUGACGAUGAUGCCUCGUACGAUGCUGAGGGCUCGGGAGAAGAAGGAUCUGGUGCAGAAGGCAUCGGAAGUAGAACAUAUGACGAAACAACAUACUCUUCGCCGCCUCGAACAGCCUCGGCUACAUCGUUCAGGCCGAUCCUUUCCAUCAUCAUUUCGACUGUCAUCAUUAGCUCGAUG